UCUGCGAUCCGCAGACCUUCCCUGAGUUAACAUGGCUGCGGCCGGCGAGUCGCAGGGACCCUGGUGAGGAGGGGAGGCGAGGUUUUUCCGAGACUUUGCCCGCGAUCUCCCCAGCGAUGGCGCUUCGGUUGCGGUUGUGGGAGUUGUUGCCGGUUUGCAGGAACCCCGGGUGCGGGGUCGCGGCGCUCUCCACCAGACCCACGCCGGCCGUGAAGCCUCACAGGGACCCUCUGGACAACGAAGCGGUUGCCCCCGAGUUCACCAAUCGGAACCCCCGCAAUCUGGAGCUCUUGGCUGUAGCCAGGAAAGAGCGGGGCUGGGGGACAGUGUGGCCCUCCCGCGAGUUCUGGCACAGGUUGCGAGUCAUAAAGACUCAGCAUCACAUAGAGGCACUUGUUGAGCAUCGCAGUGGCAAGGUUGUGGUUUCAGCAUCCACGCGCGAAUGGGCUAUUAAAAAGCACCUUUAUCGAACCAAAAAUGUGGUGGCCUGUGAGAGUAUAGGACGAGUGCUGGCAGAGCGAUGCUUAGAGGCAGGAAUCAACUUCAUGGUCUACCAACCAACUCCCUGGGAGGCAGCCUCAGACUCGCUGAAACGACUGCAGAGUGCUAUGACAGAAGGCGGCGUGGUGCUGCAGGAGCCUCGGAGAAUCUAUGAAGGAAAUUCAAGCAGUGCUGGGAACGGGUCACUGUAAAGCUGUUGGCUCUUACGUCCAUCGGAAGAGAGCAUCUGGAGGAACACCCGGCUUGGAAGUUUUAGACGAUAAUGUGAUGGUGGAAUGUUAUUAGUAGUUAAGGUUAUCCCGUCCUCGCCUUGUGUUUUUUUUAAAUCAAGGGCUAAAUUUUUCCCCUCUCUUGGACAUGAGACAUGUUUCUGAGAAAAGCUGUCACCAAUUAUAAUUAACUUUUGAAGAACAAAUUAAACAUUGUUUAUAAGUUAAAGAAUAAAGGCACAUUAUGAACUCA